UGCUGUAUAUACAAACAUCUGACAGACGUCUGUAAGAUGUCAGUUUUACAUACAUUCUAAAUCAAAAACAUCUUGAAGACAUCUAAUAAACGUCUAUUUGCCAUCUGAUAGACGUCAUAUUGCAGAUGAGCAAACACUCUAAAAUGCGUCUUGCAGAUGUAAAUGCAGAUGUCAAAUAGAUGUCUCUGAUAUACGUGUGCUGUGAUCCCUUGACUCUGUAAACAUCUUCGUAUUUAGCCAAUCAGGGACUCUCUCUGCCUGAUUGAGUUGGCUGACAUGUUCAUUUCCUUCAUAUUCAACUAACUGGCUAAUUCACCAAGUUCUUAUGAGGUUUUAGAAUGGUGGUUUAAGAUUUGUGAGUAGGUCUGUGGUUAAUAUUUUGUUGUACAAAUUUAUACCUUACACCUGAAAGCAUCUGUAACAAAUUGCUAUUUAGGGACAACAACAGUUUUGUCAAGCACAUACACGUCCUUGUGGUAGUUUUAGUCUUUCUUUAGCAGCUUGUUAGUGUGUAAUUUAUGUUGACAUUAAUAUUUCUUAAGGGAAUGCUAAGUACAGACCGUAUUUUACUCAUAAAUCCAAAACCGCCAUUCUAAAAACCCAUAGGAAAUUCCAAAGAGAACACAUGGCUGUUAAUUAAUGGCUAAUUAUCUGGCUGGUUUUAGGACCUCAAACUGCUGUAUUGGUUGGUUAAGCCUUUUGUACAUGCCAGUACUUGAUCCUGGUUACGUAUUCCAGAUAUCAUGUUACUUGAUUUUGUAAUAUAUUAAAAAUCUGAUUUGUUUUUUUUAGAAAAGAAUUUCAGUUGCAUUUUAUUUCGGUAGUGUUAUGUGAAAACCAACUUUGCACAUGAAUAUAUAUGGAUACAGUAUAGUUUACAGAGACAAAUGACGUUCAAGCCAAACAGGCCAUCAAGCCUGUCAGCUAUUGAAUGCAGAGGGUAGCACCAAGCACUUCUGUCCAUUGUUGUGCAACAACGGAAACGGUGAACAAAAAAUCUCUGCAGCAGGUGGAAGAAGAUGCCGUUCUUGGGCCAAGACUGGAGAUCACCAGGCUGGAGCUGGAUCAAAACUGAGGAUGGCUGGAAACGCUUUGAAUAUUUCAACCACAAACUGGGAGACAACAUCAAUGAACUUUCCUUGGAAGAAUUGGACAAUGACAAGGAGAAUGUCUACGUGGGAGAUGUCUGUGAAGUAGCUGCCAAGAAGAGAAAAAAAGACUUCUUCAACAACAACACUAAGUCACAGUUUUUGUUCCAGGAGAGGUGGAUCUACGUUCAGAAGGAGAGUACGCGAGAGAGGCAUGGGUACUGUACGCUUGGUGAGGCCUUCAAUCGUCUAGACUUUUCCAGCGCCAUUCAGGAUGUGAGGCGCUUCAACUAUGUGGUCAAUCUUCUGCAGUUGAUUGCCAAAUCCCAGCUGACGUCUUUGAGUGGAGCUGCUCAGAAAAACUAUUUCAAUGUCCUGGAGAAGAUUGUGAGAAAAAUUCUGGACGACCAUCAGAACCCACGUCUGAUCAAGGCAUUGUUGAAUGAUCUAAGCUCCGCGCUCUGCAUCCUCAUUCGAGAAGUUGGGAAGUCUGUGCUGAUUGGCAACAUCAACAUUUGGGUCUGCCGUUUAGAAACCAUCUUAAACUGGCAGCAGCAGCUCAACAAUUUACAAAUUCCAAAGCAAGUUUCAAAUGGCAUGACGCUGAGUGACCUCCCUUUGCACAUGCAAAACAACAUCCUGUAUAAGUUUAGUGAUGCCUGUGAUAUCAUCAAUCUGGGACAAGCCACACCAACACUGCACAUGCUCAGUGAGGACCGGCAUCUGUGGAAGAAACUGUGCCAGUUUCAUUUUGCUGAGAAACAGUUCUGCAGGCACUUGAUUCUGUCAGAGAAGGGCCAUGUGGACUGGAAGCUGAUGUUUUUCACACUUCAGAAAUACUACCCUCAGAAAGAACAGUACGGAGAUACUCUGCAGUUCUGCAAGCACUGUAGCAUCCUCUUCUGGAAUGUAAGAAAUCCUUAUUUAAAUGUCAAACAUUCUGGUCUGUGAAUAAACAGCAAGACAUCCCUCCCUUACUAUGUAGAUUUAAGUGCUCUUCUCAAACGUUUCCCUUGUUGAAGCCCUGUACAGUAUGUGCACACUUGAUUGCUCCUACCCCUGCAUGCUUUUUUUGUGUGUGCAAAUGUCUUCUAUAAUUGCAGUUUGUGGGCAGAAAACCUUAUAGCCACAGCUUAUUAUCAA